CCAUCUCCUCUCUGACUCUGUCUAUCUUCCAGCAGCAAUCUCCAUUGAAAAAAAUCAAAAUAAAAAUGAAAUACAAUAAACAAAUUAUCUCAAUUAAACGAUUUGAGACUCUUCCAUAAAAUAAAUCAGAAGUUCAUUUACAUAUGCAUCAACAAAACUAUGAAACCCUAGAAAUCAAAAUUAAGAUCACUUCGCUUCUACCUCUUGAUUAUUCCGUUUGUAGCAAAAAUGGUUCUUCAGAAACUGAAUAGAUGAAGAUGAAAAGAGAUGAUUCCUGGAGCUUGCCUAAUUUACAAUCUCAUAAAUUAGUGUGAUUUGAUGAUUUUAUCAUCUUCUCUUUUAUUGCUGAUUUUAGGGUUUAUUUUUCCCCUUAGUUAACAAGUAUGUGAAAGUAACUGAAUUAAAGGAAGUAUGUUAAAAUAUGGAGAUUUGUUUAUCUCUCGUGGAAGAACAGGUUGGGAAUUUUUUCAUGGAAAAAAAAACACGAGAAGACAAGAACGUACAAUAUGGGUCUGUUUAAUCCGGAUAACUGACAAAAUGUAUGGAUAAUCUGAACCGUUGUUACAUCUCCAUCUAACGGCCAAGAUGGGCCUGUUAAAUCCUGUAAAAACAGGCCCUGUCAACGGAUCGCUCCUCAUCUUCAUCAUCUUUGUUUAGAGAGAUAAACCUUCAGAGAGACAGUAAAGAACGUUAUGUUGCCGCCAUUUUUACAUGGCCACAAAAACCGCUCUCCCCUCUUUUCUUCUCCUUUGUCUUCCAAACAAACCCUAUCGGAACCACCGCCACCGCCACCAAUCUCUUCUUCUUCCACCAUCCACCACCACAACAACGGUUUCAGUACUUUCUCCUGCUCGACCCAAACCCUCAAACCCACUCACUUAUUCAAUUCCCUUAAACCCUAAUCCUCAUCCUCAGAUUCAUCCUACUUACCCUUCACAAACUGUAAGCAAUCUUAACUCAGAUACUGACAAUCUUGAUUCUUUCUCUGAUAAUUAUCACCAUUUACUUCGGCUUUCCAUUCAUCACCAUGAUUACAGCCUUGCUAGAGCUAUUCAUGCUUCAAUUCUCAAACUUCAGGAAGAAAUUGAUUUACUCAACACUCUUAUUGUUGUUUAUGUCAAACUUGGAAAACUUACUGAUGCCCGGAAUUUGUUUUCUUCCUUAUCCUCUCCUAAUGUUGUCUCUUAUACUUCCUUGAUUUCUGCUUAUGCUAACUCGAAUCGAGAAAAAGAAGCUAUCCGUCUGUUUUUUGCCAUGAGAAGUUCUGGCAUUCAGCCCAAUUCGUUCUCUUUUGUUGCAAUUUUGACUGCUUGUGUUAGAAUUUUGAAUUCUAAAUUAGGUUUUCAAGUCCAUUCGUUAAUUAUAAAAAUGGGUUAUUGUUCAUAUGUCUAUGUAUCAAAUGCACUUAUGAGUGGGUAUUUGAAAUGGGGUUCUGUGAAUUCUGCUAUUCAAGUGUUUGAUGAAUUACCCCAACGAGAUUUGGCGUCCUGGAAUACUGUCAUAGCUGGUUUGGUUAAGGAUUCACAAUAUCAGAAGGCGUUUGAAAGGUUUCGCGACUUACAGAAAAGUGAUAGAUUUUGUGUUGAUCAUUUUACUAUUUCGAGUUUACUUACUGCGUCCAAGGAAUCGUAUGGUUUAAGGGAAGGACAAGAGAUUCACGCUCAUGCUAUUAAGACUGGGUUUGCAUCUAAUGUUAGUGUGAAUAAUGCUCUCAUUGGGUUUUAUACUAAUUGUGGUAGUGCGAAAGAUGUGACUUCUGUUUUCAAGAAGAUGCCUGUUAGAGAUGUUAUAAGUUGGACGGGAAUGGUUACAGGAUGUAUGGAAUUUGGAUUGGUUGAAUCAGCAAUGAAGGUUUUCAAUCGGAUGCCGACUAGGAACUGUAUUUCUUAUAAUGCGCUUUUAGCCGGGUUUUGCAAGAAUGGAGAAGGCUUGAGGGCUUUGGAGAUGUUUCGAGGAAUGUUGGAGAACUCCAUGGAGGUAUCAGAUUUCACUUUGAGUAGUAUAAUAACGGCCUGUUCUGUGAUUACUGAUGUGAAGGUCAGCAAACAGAUUCACGGGUUUGUUGUUAAAUGUGGCUGUGGGUCGAAUAAUGCUUGGAUUGAAGCUGCGUUGAUCGAUAUGUGUAUGAAGUGUGGAAGAACGAGUGAUGCUCAGAAAUUGUUCACCAAGUGGUUGUGUAAGCAUAACGAGUCGAUGGUUUGGACGUCGAUGAUUUGUGGGUAUGCUCGAAACGGACAGCAUAAUGAGGCAAUGUCCCUUUUCUGCGAGAUGCAAGCUGAUGGAGGAGUGAGGGUGGAUGAAGUAGCAUCUACUGCCGCUCUUACUGUCUGUGGAAGUUUAGGGUCCUAUGAUAUGGGGAAACAGAUCCACUGUUAUGCUCUUAAGUCUGGUUUUCAGUAUGAUUUACAUGUAGGGAAUGCUACUGUUGCUAUGUACUUCAAGUGUGGAAACAUGGAAGACGCGGUUAAGUUUUUCGAUCUGAUGCCAAAACAUGAUAUAGUUUCAUGGAACGGUUUGAUCAGCGGACAUGUUCUUCACAGGAAUGGAGACAAGGCAUUAUAUGUGUGGUCGAAUAUGGAGGAAAUGGGUAUAAAGCCAGACUCCCUCACAUUUAUGUUACUUAUUUCGGCUUUUAAAUAUACGAACUCAAACCUGUUAGAUCGUUGUCGGGAGUUGUUUAUGUCCAUGCAAAAUCUGUAUGGAAUAGAACCAACUUCUGAACAUUAUGCAUCUAUGAUCAGUGUAUUGGGUUACUGGGAUUGCUUUGAUGAGGCAGAAGAAAUGAUCAAUACCAUGAAUAUUGAAUCUGAUGCUUUGGUAUGGCGUGCAUUACUCGACAGUUGUAGAUUGCGAUCAAAUGCAAACCUUGGAAGAUUGGCUGCAAAACAUCUUCUUGCUAUCGAGCCAAAAGAUCCUGCUUCAUUCAUACUUGUUUCUAAUCUUUAUUCGGCUUCUGGGAGAUGGCAUUGCUCUGAGAAGAUUAGAGAGGAGAUGAGACUGAAAGGGUUGAAAAAGAACCCAGCUCAAAGUUGGGUCAUUCAUCAAAACAAAAUCCAUACAUUUUUCACAAGAGAUAAAUCUCAUCCAAGCACAAAAGAUAUCUACAGCGGAUUGGACAUACUCAUCUUAGAAUCCAUAAAAGCUGGAUACGUCCCUGACACAAGCUUCGUCCUUCACGAAGUAGAGGAACAUCAGAAGAAAGAGUUCCUGUUCUAUCACAGUGCAAAGCUUGCUGCCACAUAUGGACUCCUGACGACGAAAGUGGGAAAACCAAUUAGAGUUGUGAAGAACAUUCAUCUGUGUGGAGAUUGUCAUAUGUUUUUCAAGCAUGUUUCGUCUAUAACCAAACGAGAGAUUUAUCUCAGAGAUGUUUCGGGUUCUCAUCGUUUUAAAAAUGGUGAAUGCUCUUGCAGAGAUUACUGGUAACUUAAAUUUCAAAUUAACCUUUUGGUGGAACCCAUCUUUUUGAGACUUUGUAGUAAUGAGUAUAUAUGUUGUAAUGUAAAUUCUCAGUUACGAAA